AUGUCCAUUGAAAUAGACACAAAACAACUGGAUAACGAGUAUUUCAGACCUUCUUCACCUGAUCUAUCUUCUAAAAAUGCUAUAGAGCAUGAAGAGCCAUGUUCUUUACAGUAUCAUUUUGAUAAUUUUUUCAUGUGUUAUACUUUAAAAAACCAAUUUAUUAAUUAUUAUCGCUAUGGUCAGCGUCCAGAUUGUUCAUCAAAAUGGAAAGAUUUUGUUUGGUGUAUACGCACAAAAAACAAAGCUUUUGAUGAACAACAAAAUAUGCUAAGAGAUAAAAGGCUUCAAAAACAUGCUGCUCUUAAAUUGGGCAGAAAUAGUGAAGAAGUUUGGUCAUUACGCACUUCACCUCUUAACUCUCUCUUUGAUCGCACUGAUACAUCUUCUUGUUCUCCCACAUCCUAA